GCCGCCGCCGCCCACGCCGCAGCCGUCCGCGUCUCGGAGCGAGCCCACGUGCGCCAGCCGGACCCAAGCAGAGGGAGCACCCGGGCACUCGCGAGGAAAUGGCGGGUGAGGCGCUGUUCAGGGUUAGGGAAAAGUGUGGGGCGAGUUACGCCCCGAGAGGGGAGAGUAGAGAAGGUAAGGCUUUCGGGACGGAAAGGAGAGAGGGAGGAUCGUGAGCUAGAACAACCCGGUGGCCACGGAGGCCGAAGAGACGAUGGAAUGCCUUCAGGAGUUCCCUGAACAUCAUAAAAUGAUCCUGGACCGAUUGAAUGAACAGCGAGAGCAGGACCGGUUUACUGACAUCACCCUGAUUGUCGACGGACACCAUUUUAAGGCCCACAAGGCUGUUUUGGCUGCUUGCAGCAAGUUCUUUUACAAAUUCUUUCAGGAGUUUACUCAGGAACCUUUGGUGGAGAUAGAAGAUGUUAGUAAAAUGGCCUUUCGUCAUUUGAUUGAGUUCACAUAUACAGCAAAAUUAAUGAUACAAGGAGAAGAAGAAGCCAACGAUGUAUGGAAAGCAGCAGAGUUUCUACAAAUGCUAGAAGCUAUCAAAGCCCUUGAAGUCAGGAACAAAGAAAACUCAGCUCCACUAGAGGAAACUAUCACAGGAAAAAGUGAAGCAAAAAAAAGAAAGAUUGCAGAAACUUCAAACGUUAUCACUGAGUCAUUGCCGUCUGCAGAAUCUGAACCUGUUGAAAUCGAGGUGGAGAUUGCUAACGGCACAAUCGAAGUGGAAGAUGAAGGCAUUGAAACGUUAGAGGAUGUGGCUACUGCCAGGCAGUCCAUAAAGUAUAUUCAGAGCACAGGUUCCUCUGAUGAUUCCGCUCUGGCAUUAUUGGCAGAUAUCACCAGCAAGUACCGUCAAGGUGAUAGAAAAGGGCAGAUUAAAGAUGAAGAUGGCUGUGCCUCUGACCCCACAAGCAAACAGGAACACAUGAAAUCACACUCCUCUGAGAGUUUCAAGUGUGAAAUAUUCAAUAAAAGGUAUCUUCAGGAGAGCGCAUGGAAACAGCACCUCAAUUGUUACCACCUUGAAGAAGGUGGAGUCAGUAAGAAGCAAAGAACUGGGAAAAAAAUUCACAUAUGUCAGUACCGUGAGAAACAGUUUGACCACUUUCGACAUUUUAAAGAGCAUCUUCGAAAGCAUACAGGUGAAAAACCUUUUGAAUGUCCAAAUUGUCAUGAACGAUUUGCUAGAAAUAGCACCCUCAAAUGUCACCUGACUGCAUGCCAAACUGGAGUGGGGGCAAAAAAGGGAAGAAAGAAGCUUUAUGAAUGUCAGGUCUGUAAUAGUGUGUUUAACAGCUGGGACCAGUUCAAAGAUCACUUGGUAAUACACACUGGAGAUAAACCCAACCAUUGUACUUUGUGUGACUUGUGGUUUAUGCAAGGAAAUGAAUUAAGAAGGCAUCUCAGUGAUGCUCAUAAUAUUUCAGAGCGUCUCGUAACUGAAGAAGUUCUUUCAGUAGAAACACGUGUGCAAACUGAACCUGUGACAUCAAUGACUAUUAUAGAACAAGUUGGGAAGGUGCACGUGUUACCAUUGCUUCAGGUUCAAGUGGAUUCGGCACAAGUGACUGUGGAACAGGUCCACCCAGAUCUGCUCCAGGACAGCCAAGUGCACGAUUCACAUAUGAACGAGCUUCCAGAACAGGUCCAGGUAAGUUAUCUGGAAGUGGGUCGAAUUCAGACAGAAGAAGGUACCGAAGUACAUGUAGAGGAGCUGCAUGUUGAACGGGUAAAUCAGAUGCCAAUGGAAGUACACACUGAGCUUCUAGAAGCAGACUUGGAUCAAGGGACCCCUGAAAUCAUGAACCAAGAGGAGAGAGAGCCUACCCAAGCAGAUGCUGCUGCGGCGGCCAGAGAAGAUCACGAAGAUGCUGAGGGUUUAGAGACCAACUCAACAGUGGAUUCCCAAGCUGAAAAGUCAGAAAAUGAGAACAGAACACCUAUGCCAGUUUUAGAAUGAAAUAACAAAUGAAUA